AGCGCGCGCGCGCCCUCCCCUCCAGCGCGCGCCCCGCGCCCGGGACUAGGCUGGAGUCGCGCGUGCCGCUCGCAGAGAGGCAGCUGGGUGUCCAGAGCCGUGGCCGCAGCGCGCAGCUGGCAGAGAGUCUCUCCUGGCCACGCACUUGCCUCCUCUGGGGCCUCCAGGAGUCUCUUGGAGCUCACUUUGCCAGCCCGGCCCCAGCAGGCGCCACCGGCCUCGGCCUGGGCUGCAUUUGCUGCUACUCGCUGUGCCCGGGACAGAGGGACGCCCGCCCCGUCACGUGUGUCCAAGUCCUCCGCCAGCCGGGGCAGCGUGGUUCCCAUGGUUCAAGGCUGUUGAUGGAGAAGUGGGCGGAUGACAGCCGGGACUGUGGUCAUCACUGGGGGCAUCUUGGCAACUGUGAUUCUGCUCUGUAUCAUCGCUGUUCUGUGCUACUGUCGGCUUCAGUAUUACUGCUGCAAGAAGGACGAAUCCGAGGAGGACGAGGAGGAACCCGACUUUGCUGUGCAUUCUCACCUGCCGCCCCUGCAUUCCAACCGCAACCUCGUGUUGACCAACGGGCCUGCUCUCUACCCAGCUGCCACCACCUCUUUCAGCCAAAAGUCCCCGCAGGCCCGUGCCCUCUGCCGCAGCUGCUCCCACUACGAGCCGCCCACCUUCUUCCUGCAGGAGCCAGAGGACGAAGACUUUGAGGGCGUGCGCAACGGCGGGGGGCGUGUGGCCUACAAAAGCAUCAGCCAGGAAGAUGUGGAGCUGCCCUCUGCAAGCUUCGGAGGCCUGCAGGCUCUCAACCCCAACCGCCUCUCUGCCAUGCGGGAGGCCUUUUCCCGAAGCCGUAGUGUAAGCACUGAUGUGUGACAGGCCUCUAUCCUGCCGAGGCGCCCAGCCCUGGGUCCUGAGGUCAUGACAGGAUACCCACGGCACACCCUGGCCCCAACUCCAGACCUCUGCUCAGUCAGUCUUCCCCGUAUCCUUGUCCUAGGGGCUCCUGGAAUGAGGAACCCCUGGGCCCUCUACAAGGAUAAAGCCCAAUGAACCAGAUGUGGCAGCUGUGAGUAGGGACAGCUGGCAUAAGAAGGGCGGCAGGGGACAGGAGGGUAAGGUAAGGCUGUGUUGGGGCCCAGGGGCCAGGUCCUAUUUCCAGGAAGUGAGAAGAUGGAUAAUGUCAACCCUAGUAACUUGCCUGUCUCUGGCUUCAUGGUCAUCCCUGUCAGUUCCUCACCAGGCCUUGGGCUUCCUCCUGCUUAAGGGAGCAGUGGCCUCGCUGGUUGCCAUGGCCCUACAAGCAUGAACCUUCCCUAGAGACUAUGGACCAAAUAAAUAUUCUGUCCCUUCACCCUGUCUCCCCUUUCCCAUCCUUCUCUCCGCUCUUUUCACUCCUUCCCCCAGUCUCUGUCUUUCCCAUCCUUCUCUCCGCUCUUUUCACUCCUUCCCCCAGUCUCUGUCUUUCCCAUCCUUCUCUCCGCUCUCUCUUCACUCCUUCCUCCAGCCUCUCUGUCUCAUGCUCCUGAACCUAGAUGCCAAGCAUCUGACACAAGCUUGAGAUGCCCGUUGCUCUGGUCUCCUCCAAGAUGGACAAAUCUCCCUGUAAACAGGGAGAGUUUAGGAGUCAUCAGUGUGGACACUUGCUCUGCCCAAUCUGCUUUUUGCUGAAAGAAGAGGCAUAGGCACAGAUGCCCCUGCUCUGGGAGGGGUGACACUAAAAUGUACACAUCUGGCACUUAACCCUACACCCAGACAAGUGAGAGACACAUCCAGCUAGGUUGUGGAAGCACUGGAGGUGGCCCAGCUAUGCACUAGAGGUCUCAGGUGUCGACUUGCUGUGACUCUUAGGCAAGUCACCCUAUUCAUGGGCUUGCCUCCCCAUGCAUGUACUUUGGGGGGAUGGGGAGACUGGCUGCAGAAAGCCCUUUGAACCCUGGUCCUCAGUUGGUACGGAGGUCCUUAGGGGAAGCUGAGCUAUAGACCACCCACUUCCUGUUUAAUGCUCAGAAUGAGGCACCCCAGGUCCAGACAGCCAGAGCUUGCUGCCCCUGUAUGAAAGUCCUGUCUCUACCCAUGCUGCUCCAAGCCCUCAACUGUCUGAGAAAUCCGUGUCAGGUGACCAAGAUGCUCCAAGCCCAGGGCCCUAGCCAUCAGGAACGUAGUUCUCCUGCUCUGAAAAGAGACACCAUUCUUGGCAGCAUAGCCUCAAUUUCCUUUCUGCUCAGGCCCUGCCAUGGCGCUCCAGACAGGAGCAAGUGUCCCCAUGAAGGUGCCUUCCUGUAGGACAGUGGCCACCCCUGAGCCAGAUACCACAGCAGGGACCUUCACACUUAUUACAGGCAGCUGAACCAUGCCAGUGAGGAUCUACUGUCUUUGGCAUUCUGAAUUCCUUCUCCUUUUCAUUUUCCUUCCUCAGUUUGGUCUUGCUAGUGGAAUCCACCCUUAGAAUCACAGACAGUUCCAGCCUACUUUUCCCCCCUCUAUGUCCUUUGUCCCAUUCCAUCCUGUGGCAUCUGUCCUUUGCAUUGCUUGGGGUAUGGGUGAGGUAGGGAGGGGUGCUCUGGGCUGUUCUGUCUUUGCCUCCUAUCACCCCCCUUUUUUUUUAACCUCCACCAUCUCUGUAUAGAUCCAUAGACAUCUUCAAAGUGAAUUAAGCAUCUGUCCCUGCCACUCAACACCACCAUGGGACUUGCCAGGGACCCACACAGCACCCUGAAAAAAGCAAAAGCCAAUAAAUUUGU